GCGGCAAUCGCCUACUCUUUCUGACUUAGUCCGAUUCCUACCACCGAGUCAAGCUCAGCCAUCGAGUCGCGCGCCGCCUUCAUUCAAAUCACUUUAGUGCGCCAAAAUUUCGAACAGUUUUUUGUCGUCGAUGUUGUUGUGUCAGUGCCCAACGAAACACUUUAAAAUGCCUUAUUCGUCAUAACAAAACAUUACGAAAAUGAAACUAUUGUGUGUGGUUGUUUUGUGUUUACAACUAGUGAGUCGGAGUUAUGCCAAUUUUGAACAUCUAGACAGCGAAAUCGAGUACCAAUGCGUUUCUAAAUGCUCCCUAGCACCGAAAUCAACGGAAACUACCCAUUACGACUACGCCUGUGAUUUUAAUUGUACCAUCGAACAGUGUAAACGAGGAUGCAUUUUAUGGAGGAAAGCCCUAAAUUCAACAUGUCAAAAUGCCUGCUACACUGGCGAAUUGGACAGGCUGUCGCAAAAAAUUCCCCACUGCGUUAUGGGCUGCAACGACGCCAUAUCGAAGUUCCACCAGCGCCUGAAAGUACAGUUGGGGGUUCCCCCAGCACCGGCUUUGGUAGCGGAUUCCUUGGGCGCCACUUCGCUAAAGCUGGAAUGGCAUUUUCCGGAUGCUAGAAGAGAAGGACUCGUAUGCUCCGUUCAAGUAAAGCUGGAGGAAAUUGAUCAAUGGCAAUAUUGGAGUAACGUUACCUGGGAUUCCAACGAAAAUGUUGUUUUGAUUGUUAAUUUGCAACCUUACACAAAAUAUAGAUUUCGAAUAGCGAUUUCCAUAUUGGGAUUCUUUAUGCAGUACAGGAUCUUCUCGAACCAGAGUGUGGUGAUCAGUACCGCCCCUCACGGGCUGCCCACUUCGCCGCCAAAUAUUGUACGAGCCGCCCCUGUCGAUUACUCAAGUAUUAGCGUCAGCUGGGAACCCGGCCUAUUCCCGCAUGGCCCUCUCCUAUCCUACGUGCUCCAAAUCACCGACACUCAUUCAGAUUAUCAUUCGGAAGUCAAGGAUAUUCCUCCAGACACUCAGUUUUAUUUAUUUCACAACUUGCAUCCUCAAAGGCAGUACAACAUUUCAAUUAGUAUGAGAAACACUGUUGGACCUGGUCCUGCCGCUAUAACCACUAUUACAACACCCCCUGAAAGAACCAUAAGAGACGCUAAACGUCCAGUAUUGAUAUUAGGUACUGAAUCAAGUAUUAUAGAGCAAGAAGCCACCAUAACAGACGAUCAGGAUGUGCUCUAUAAAGACAACAACCAUAAAUUUUAUGGUAUGGGUAUUCACGUGCAAAAAAAGCUUUUGUUCAUCUCGAAUUCCGGGGGACAAAUAGUGAAAAUAUCCCUUAAUCGUUCAACGUAUCCCGUAGAACCUGCAGUGGUUCUGGAUUCGACUCAAAUCAAUUUUCAACCGCUCGAUUUGUCGGUUGAUUGGCUUAAUGAUCAGCUAUACAUUUUGGCUCAGGCGUCGAACAACAUGUACCAAAUAUUGAGGUGUUCAUUGGAGGGAAAAGGUUUAACUGUUGCGAUUGCUGGUUUGAGUGUAAAGCCUUCGUCUAUAGAAGUGGAUCCUUGCAAUGGUUUUUUAUUCUGGGCCAUUCAGGAUGAAGUAAAGGGUGGUUUAUAUAAGUUGGAUUUGGCCGACAUAAGCAAUGGUAUUAAACACGAAAUUCAGCCUAAAAUGAUUUUAAGUGAUUCGUCUUUGGGUGCCUUUCUGGUAGACUACUCCAACUUCCUUUUGUAUGUCUCGUAUCAAGAACAAAAUACCAUUUAUAAAGUAUCUUUUGAUGGUAAGGAUAAGUCAAACAUGAGAAGUAAAGUAACCAAAUCCAAAAUGCAAAAAGUGAUUUCAAUGGCUUACACAAACAAAAAGUUCUACUGGGUGGAUAGUAACAAGUUGUACUUCGAAGAAUACAAUCAAAUAUAUGAGAGUUACUUCCACAACACAAUACCCAGUCGCACUGAACAUUUCUACAAGAAAAUCUUUAUAAAUCAACCGAGUUCUCAGCCUACACCGGUUCCUGUAAACCCCCCCAGUAAUGUUGAAGCCAUUUUCGGCUGCAAUCUUGCGAAAAUAAAAUGGCAGGCACCGCAUCUAGUAGGACAUCAAAGUUUGAGAGGUGCUUGGCAAAAUUGGACGUAUGAGGUUUCGGUAACUGAUGUAGUCAGAAACAGUACACAAAUAAUCAAAAACAUUAUGACGACAUCAUACACCAUAAGAAACCUUCAAGAAAAUACAGAGUACACCAUUAAUGUUACUGCUUACACUUCUUUUGGUAAAAGCCCUGCGUCAAGGGAGUUCCGUGGUAUAACUCUAAGCGAAUCCAAAAAAUCGAUGAUUUUGUGGUCGGCUACUGAAGGUUUAUUAAAAUCCGAUGCCGCCGGUGAGAACGUGGAGACUUUAUUGCACAAAAAUAAAAUCAACAGCAUUAAUUACAUCGAUGUGAGUUGGUACAAGGAUAAAAUUUAUUUGGUUACCAAUAAUUCUGAAGUAAUUUGGCUGAACACCACAUCCCACGAGCAAGGUAUUCUACCAGAUAUGUAUUCCGUUAGAGGGAUUGCAAUCGACUGGAUUGGAAGGAAAAUUUAUUGGUCCAACCCUAAACAACCUUUGAUAAUUCGUAGCAAUCUUAACGGAGGUCAAAAAGAACACCUACCAAUCUACAUAGUGGCCAAGGAACUUAGCAUAGAUUCCGUCAAAGCCUACUUAUAUUGGUCUACAGGCUACGCUGUUGAAUGCUCGCGAUUAAAUGGAGAUGACCGUAUCGAAUACCAAGAAGCCCAGUUUUUUUUGGGCAAACAAAUUUUAGGCUUAACUCUAGACAUGGAUAACAAAUAUGUAUACUGGAUAAUUCAGGGAUCAGAAGGUUCCAACCUAUUUAAGGCUCCAAUGGCUGGAUAUUGGCCCGAUAAAGUAAUAAAGGCUGAAAGAGUGUAUACUUUGAAAAAACCCAACAUCCAAGGACCUUUAUGUUACUUCCACAACCGCCUAAUUUGGCUGCAGGAUGAUAAAAAUGCGGCCAUAAGCGACCUUACGGGUAAAAAUGUUGCUACGGUCAGUGGGAAAUCUAUUUCAGACUUAAACAUGGUUUACAUAAUCGAUUCUUCCCUUCAAACUCGCCCAGAUAAUAUUUCCGGAGAAAUCGUGGUUAUUCCAGAAGCCAUAGAUAAAGAUUCGAUUAAAGUAUUAGGUUCCACAUCAUCCUUUAAUAUAUCAUGGGAUCCUGUAGAAAAUGUGAACUACGGGACAGUUUUCUAUGAAGUACAAAUCGAAAGUUUCGCCAGAAAAAUGAACUACUCUUCAAUGUUGACUACAGACUCCUUCAUUAAAUAUUGGCAAAAAGUCGAGCCCCAUAUAAAAUUGCACAUUGGUAUAAGAGCUUACACAUACUGGGCGUCCGCUCCUCAAGUUCAAGCAGAAAUUUACUCACCAUCAUCGACACCAUCAGCCCCAGUGAACUUAAGAACUUAUGUUACAAACGAUAUCCUGCAUAACUCGUCAGAAUACGACAACAUUGUAUCUAUAACAUUUAGAUGGGAUUCACCUGUAAAACCCAAUGGCGAAAUUAAGGGUUACAAAAUUCAAUGCUGGUAUGUUGAAAAUGAUAUAGAGAUGAAUAUUUGCGAGAAUGCUACAACCGAUGCUAGCGAAACAGAGUAUAAAAUAACCGAUUUGGUUAAUAAUGAAGUGUAUUACCUACAGAUUCAAGCUUUCACAGAUAAAGGGGAUGGUGUUCUAUCCGAGAUAAUAUCGGUCAAUUCUAGUCAGGAAUGGCCUUUACCCACACUACUUAUAGCAUCUUCAGACUCCAUUUUUAUAGAUGAUAUAGAUGCAGAUCAUCGCGAGUUACUGAUUCAUAGUAUAAACACCCCCAUAGAAAUAGCGUAUCUCUUGAAAGAGAAAAAAAUCUUCUGGGUGAACCAAAUGAACGAACUUUUGAUGUACGAUUCCAGUACGAACAAGACCAAAAAUUUCGAUAUCAGAAAAAUGGCGAGUGGUGUAACCGUGGACUGGUUGGAGAGGAGUUUGUAUUUUGUAGAAAUUUUGGAAAAAUCAUCGACGAUUAACAAAAUAGAUUUGAACCGUUUGGACAAAAAUAUUAUAGAAGUGGUCCCAAUUUACUCUACGUCAUCUUUAAUAUCCAAAAUAGAAAUAUCGCCUUACACGAAAAAGUUAUACUGGGUUGAAACCAACGACCAACUCACCCAUCGUUUGAUGAAAUGCGAUACAAAUGGAGAAAAUUGCGCGGAAUUUUUCAACCGCCAUGAAAUUAAUAAAAGAUCAACCGACGACGAGUUGUGCAAUUGUACUAUAAAUGACAUUGAACCGACCUUUACAGUGGAUCACUCGAACGUAAACAACAAGCCACUCCUGAUUUUUAUCGACAAAAAUAAAAACAUCGUUUCCACCGACAAGGAAGGCUGCAUUUGCAACACAAUAGCGAAUAACACAGUGGUCAGUAAUUAUCCCAUGGAGAAAAUUAAAUCGGAUUUUGGUACACUAUACUGGAAUAACCCUUCCAAAAACGUACUAUAUGCUUUGAAACGCAACGAAACUAACGUGACAAGCAAAAGGGUGAAUGUUCAUGAUGUUCUUAUUUUCGGACAGCAUAUGCAACCAUACCCCAGAAGAGAAUGCAUGACUCCUAUUAAACUGUCAAAUGACCAGUUUAAACCCGCUUUAUUGCGAAAGACUUUCAGUUCUUUUGUAUUAAAAAUGCCCGAAAUUACAGUACAUCCAAAUUGCUCCUACAUAUCAAUUGCGCCUCCGGAGUACAAAAUAAAUUACUGUACUGCUGAUGUUUGUAAUGAAAUAUUGACUUUUGAGAAGUACUACGAAAUAGGCGACCUAAAACCUUUUACGGAAUACACCGUAACAAUUUCUGUUAGCAACUAUUUUUCACAAGAGGAUGAAAUAGUUGUUGGUCCUACGGUUGUCUAUAGAACUUCACCUGGAGCUCCUUCCGAGCCGCAAAAUGUUUCUGCGAUAGUUUUAAACCCAACUCUAGCAGAAGUAAAUUGGUUACCUCCUAAGGAGCUUAACGGAUUGAAAGUGUACUACGAAAUUCACUGGCAGACGGAAAGAAGUUUGUCUGGAGUAAGGCAAAAAGGCGAACAACCAGUUUUGGAAAGGAAUCUGAAGAGUAACAGCAGUGUUAUGACAACCUUACUGCAAAAAUUGUCGCCUAAUUCAACAUACAUCGUCUGGGUAAAAGCUUACAGCGAAACCAACGAAACCUCGAGUGAUAGCACGAGAGUCCAGAUAACAACGUACCCAAAACCAGCAGAUUUAGAAAUGGCGAAUAAAACAGCAAACUCCUUCAAGUUAUUGUGGUCGAAAAGCACAAACAUGCAAGAGUACCGCGUCGAAUACUCUCCCAUAACUUCCAACGAAUGGAAAUUGGCCGAUAUUUCCAAAAAAGAUAAAUUCAUCACUAUAAAUAACCUUAAACCAAAGAUGCAGUACAAAUUUCGUCUACAAAUACUCUAUAAUAAAUAUCCGGAAUGGUAUUUGUGGCCCAUAGACUCCAGGUUCACUUUUGAAACCUUGGGAGAUCGACCUAGUCCACCAGGUAUUCCGAUUAUCCAGUAUGCAAAACCUAACGUUUACAAGGUUUUGUGGGAAGCGGCAAAAGAUAAUGGAGCGCCCAUAGAAAUUUAUAUGCUUGAAGGGAUGAAGAUAAAAACGUAUAGAGAUAAAAGAAGUACGACGAAUACAAAUAGAUCAGCCUGGUUUUAUACGGCACCUUCCAUCGAGGAGGAAGAACGACAGUGGGAAUCUUUAUACAAUGGAACAAAUACUUCGUGGAUAAUAAAAGGUCUCAGCGAUAAAUUUAAAUACUCCUUCAGAGUGUCAGCGUUAAAUUCGUACGGAUGGAGCAAUCCAAGUAAAGAAAGCAUGGAGUUUGACUUUACUGAAGCCGCUAGAUGGGCGGAAAAACAAAAUCCUGAAAGUUUGAUACUUAUCGCGAUAGGGAUACCGUUUAUCAUUGUUAUGUGCUAUGUAUUUUGCAUUUUAUACACCUAUGUACGAAAAUGCAGCAAACCCAAAAAAGUCCAGCAAGUGGUCGCCAUCCCUAGGGGUCCAGACGUGGAAUUGGCCACCUUACGAGAGCUUCCGAGAAGAGGUGUACACAGCACUAAUAUUUUAUAUGUAUCUACACAACCGCCUUCGGAAGAGAUAACACUACUACCUCAUAUACGAAGAGAUCAGAUAACCUUAACGAAAUUUUUGGGCAGCGGAGCUUUCGGGGAAGUGUACGAAGGCAAAGCCAAAGGAAUACUGAGCAGUAGCAAGGAGACCAAGGUGGCGGUCAAAACGCUGCGAAAGGGCGCUUCUGACCAAGAAAAGACUGAAUUUUUGCAAGAGGCGCAACUAAUGAGCCACUUCAAGCACGAACACAUCCUACAGUUGCUUGGAGUUUGUUUGGAUAACGAUCCAAACUUCAUAAUAAUGGAGUUGAUGCAGGGAGGAGAUCUCCUAACCUACUUGAGAUCGUCGAGGAAUCCGUCGUCGUUAACUCCAAACUUAACCCUAAUCGAGCUUCUGAAGAUGUGCGUUGACGUUUCCAAAGGCUGCCGCUAUCUGGAAGAAAUGCACUUCGUUCAUAGGGACUUGGCGUGUCGAAACUGUUUGGUGUCUUCGGUCGAAACCGACACUCGCAUAGUCAAGAUAGGAGACUUUGGUUUGGCGAGGGACAUCUACAAGAACGACUACUACAGGAAGGAGGGCGAAGGGCUGUUGCCGGUGAGAUGGAUGGCGCCGGAAUCGCUGGUGGAUGGGGUGUUUACUAGUCAAUCGGACGUAUGGGCGUUCGGCGUCCUACUUUGGGAAAUUAUGACGUUGGGCCAGCAGCCGUACCCUGCUCGGAAUAAUUUAGAAGUUUUACACUACGUAAGGAGCGGCGGACGUCUCGGAAAACCUACCGAUUGUCCGGAAGAUCUUCACAAUCUAAUGUUAAAGUGUUGGGAAUACAUACCCGAUAAAAGGCCGACUUUUAAAUAUGCUUUAGAAGUACUUGUAAAUUUGCAUCAAGAUAAUUUACGAAACCCAAUCACUGGUGCCCAUGAGGGGCAAUAUAUUAGCACAGUACCUGAUCGUACCUCAUGGCACCAUGAGUCAGAAGACGAAUCGCUAAGACCGUUUCUAGCUGACGGCGAGUCGUCGGAACCCCCAAAAUACUUGGAGUUAAUUUACGAAUCGCGUGUCCAGCUGGAGAACGACGGUUACGAAAUCCCCAACCAACUAGUGCAGAACGGCCUUGAAAACUCCACGACGUUAAGUUCCUUAUUAAAUGUCACAAAUGAUGGUAGUACGAAUGAAAAAGACAAUAUUUUAGCUAUGGAUGGCAACACUGCAUUUUAAUUGUUAAUGUUUGUUUUUGUAAAUAACGAAUUUAUUUAUUUGUAGAGUUAUAAUGUUUAUCCAAGAAUCUUAAAUCAUAUCAGAAGUAAGAACAGUGGCUUAAAAAGUACAAAUAAAUUUAGUUGAAUUUAAUUUCACGUAAUUUUAUAAAUGCAAAACGAUAUUAAAUUGUACAUAUGAAAGAUUUGCAUUUAUAGGGUUUUAUUGAAAUGCAUUUAGAAUUGUUUUGAAUUUCAAAAUAAAAAUGUACAUAGUUAAGUACCAUAUUGGUAUUCAAGAAAAUAUAGCUUUGUUAUAUAUAUAUAUAUAUAUACAACUCCUACUUAAAACAUAUACCAUAAUCAAUAAUUUUUAAAUACUGAGAACAAUAGUUAUGCCAGACACAAAUUCAGUAUUUCAUAGUUUAUUAUAAGUAGCUGUAAUUAGUAUUACCUUAAAUAGUCACUAUUGACCAAGCAAUGCUAAUUGUAUGAAAACUGUAAAUAAUAUUUGUGAUUUAGGUUAGUGCAAUAAAAAUAUUAAGUGUUUUUUUUUUGUUUUUUUAUUACGUUUGAAUUUUGGUAUAUAGUAUAAUUAAACUCAACAUACAUGCGUACAUAACAUGAAAAAAAGUAUCAUUAACUGUUACCUAAAGUCACCAAAUCCAGUCAUUUAUAUACAAUUUAAUUAUUUAGGUUAAGAGUAGUCUUUAAGUUGUGAAUCUAAAAUACAUAAAUAAAUUACCUAAUCUGUAGGCUCUUCUUUUUUAACAGGUGGUAGGUCUUCUUCUUGUUUAACAUCAUCAUCCAACCCUUCAUCUUUACUAUUUUCAUGUAAGAGAACGUAUUCCCUUGAACUAAACCCAAACUUAAUUACAUCUUUCUCAAGCAUUUCCACAUACUUUUUGGGCUCGAUUUUUUUGUCAUUUAUGAAUGUACCAUUAGCUGAUUCAAGAUCAAUUAUAUACGGUCUCACCCUUUUACC